AACGGCCUGAUCGUUUCUGUAGCUGUUCUUUUGAGAUUAUUCCGGCGCCGAAUACCAAGCGACAUGAAGCUCGAUCCGAAAGCGAUCCGCUACCUCACAGCUGAGGACUUCCGCGUGCUCUCCGCGAACCAUGUUGCAGGUUGAGACCGGAAGUAGAAACCAUGAAGUUGUUCCCACGCCUUUGAUCGCACAGAUUGCCGGACUUCGCGGUGGCAGCGGAGUGCACCGAGCUAUCUCGAACCUGGCCAAGACCAACCUGAUCGCCAAGGUCAAGAAUGCGAAAUAUGACGGUUAUCGCCUCACCUAUGGAGGUCUCGAUUAUCUCGCCCUCAACGCCCACCAGAAGCAGAAAUGCAUCUACUCCGUCGGCAACCAGAUCGGUGUCGGCAAGGAAUCCGAUAUCAUCGUGGUCGCCAACCACCAAGGAACGCAGCGCAUCUUGAAGAUCCACCGUCUGGGUCGUAUUUCCUUCCGAACUGUCAAGACCAACCGCGACUACCUCCGUCACCGUAGCACCGGCUCCUGGAUGUACAUGUCGCGCCUGGCCGCGAUGAAGGAAUAUGCCUUCAUGAAGGCGCUACGAGAGAACGACUUCUCGGUCCCCGAACCCAUUGCGCAGAACCGACACACCAUCGUCAUGAGCCUGAUCGAUGCAUUCCCUCUACGACAGAUCUCCAAGGUCGCCAAUCCCGCGUUACUGUACUCCGAGCUGAUGGAUAUGAUUAUGCGGUUGGCGCGGUUUGGUUUGAUUCAUGGUGAUUUCAACGAGUUCAACAUCCUCAUCAAGGAGAUCGAGGACCCAGAGGCCAAGGGAAAGGGACGUGAGGAUGAUGAGAACGAUGAAAAUAUCCGGCUGGAGCCCGUCAUGAUCGAUUUCCCGCAGAUGGUGUCGAUCGACCACCCCAAUGCGGAGAUGUACUUCGACCGCGAUGUCAACUGUAUCAAGCGUUAUUUCCAACGCAAGUUCCACUUCGUCAGCGACGUGCCUGGUCCGUUCUUCGCUGCUGCGAAGAAGCAGCUCAUCCAGAACCCUGGAAAGCGGUUAGAUGUGGAGGUUGAGGCGUCCGGCUUCUCGAGGAAGAUGGCGCGCGAGCUGGAGAACUACAUGCGGGAUGUUGGUGCCAAUGGCGAUAACGAAGAGGGCGAGGGAAGUGAUGAGGAAGACGAGAAGGAGGAAGGAGAAGAAGAGGAAGAAGAUGCAGAGAAUGAGAGUGGUGCGGAGGAACAAGUUCCUCAGAUGUCCGAGGAUAUGGCUCGGCGACUGGGGAACCUGCAAGUGUAGGAUGGGGAGUAGGCACACUCCAAUUAAAUGAUAACGACCAUGAUGAAUAUAGAAAUUUUCUUUUCAUUUCACAUAUCUUCCCAAG